AUGGCCUGCCGGUCGGAGGCCUUCGAGGUCGUGUCCACGCUGGGCAAGGGCACCUACGGCGCGUGCUACAAAGUUCGGCGGCGAUGCGACGGGCGGAUCUUCGUGGUCAAGGUGGUGUCCCUGGACGGCCUGAGCGACAGGGACCGCGGGGAGACGCUCAACGAGGCGCGGUUGAUGGAGAACCUGCGGCACCCCAACGUGGUGGAGUACACCGAGAGCUGGUGCGAGGCGGAGUGCCUGUACAUCGUGAUGGAGUACUGCACAGGGGGGGAUCUGGGGCGCGUGCUGCGGGAGCGGGGCGGGCGGGUGGGCGAGGAGGAGAUCUGGGGGUACCUCGCCGACGUGGCGGAGGGCCUGAGGUACCUGCACAGCCGGCGGAUCCUCCACAGAAUUGGCUUUGGGUCGGUUCGCCUGGGGCGGAACGCGGCGCGAACCGUCGGGGCGCCGGGGGCAUCAGCGCGGCCCGGGUCUCCGCCGGAAAGGCUAGCUCGAUCGAUGCGGAAGGGGAAGGGGAGGGCAGGUUUUCGCCGUGAUCCGUUGUGGCCCUCCGCUCGGGUCGGCGACCGACCGCCGCCCGUUGGCUGGCGGCGAGCCCAGCGAGCGUCCGCGCCCCGCGGCGGGUCCCCUGACGCGCCCCCCUCCACGGCCGCUGCAGCGCCUUUCUCUGCGUUUGCUGGGGACCGCGCGGUGGUGGGCGACCUCGGCCUGGGCCGCAGGCUGGGCCCCGACUCCGCGCUGGCGCGCAGCCAGGUGGGCACGCCGCUGUACUUCUCGCCCGAGCUGUGCCAGGAGCAGCCCUACGACCACAAGUCGGACGUCUGGGCGUUCGGGUGCCUGCUAUACGAGCUCACCGCCGGGGUCCCUCCCUUCAGCGCCAGCAACCAGAUCGCCCUGGCCAGAAAAAUAGUCUCCGGGCCCACCCCCCGCCUCAUCCCGGGGUACUCCUCCCACCUUCAGUCCCUCAUCGAGGCCAUGCUGGACAAAUCACCCGUGCGGCGGCCGUCGCUCACCCAAAUCCUCGUGCACCCUUCGGUGGCCGCCAGGGUGGACGCCAUACGGUCGCAGAGAGAGGCGAAGAGGGCCAAGGCUAAGGUGGCGGAAAUGGAGAAGAAAUUAUGGGACGAUCUGGAGAAGUGCAAAGCGGAUGCGCAGGCGGAGAUUGCGGCCUGGCGGGAGGAAAUUUCCGCCGAAUAUGUGGCCAAGGUGGCGGAUCUGAAGAAGACCAUGGUUCCCAUUGAGGAGCUCCAGGCGGCAGAAUUGAGGCUGACGGAGCUCCAAGGUGUAGUAACUGAAGGAUUUCGAUAG